AACAAAAGUUAGAAAUCAAGAGAACUUGAAAAUGGAGUCGCCACCGAUGUUUAACAGUGUCGAAGAUGAGUGUAGAUAUUGGAAGGAACGAUCCAAGCAGUACCACAAAGAAUGGACAGACGUUAAACAGGAGUACGACGAGUUCGUGGAGCAGUCACGCGAAAUGGAAAUCGAAAUGGACGCCACUCUGGACCAGAAGCAGAGUAUAAUCAAAGAUCUCACAGCCAAGCUCACAAUGUUUGAGCGGGAAAAUGAGUCCCUCAAGCUCAAGCUAGACUCGCAUGGCAUUGAAAUGUCAAACAUGGAGAAACAGUUGGAUGCAGUUAAGAAAGACCGCGACACCAUGAAGGUGUAUUUGAGGCAGCUGGAGCAGAAGAACGACGAUCUGGAGCGUGCCCACCGCAUACUAAACGAAAGCAUAGAAAACUUCGAAAAGAUGCUCGAUCAGGCCUACGAAAAAAACGCCCUCCUAGAGCUGGAAGUGGAUGAAAAGGGAAUGCUGCAGGAAAAGCUGCAGCGGCUGAUGGAUGAGACAAGAGAUCUUAAGCAGGAGCUGAACGUCAAGUCACGCUAUACCCCAGUGGUAAAUGGAACGAGCAUUCCCACGGCCAGCAACACCAACAGCUCCAUGAACUCGUCCGCCUCGCUGCCAAAUGGUAUUGUGGCUAACGGCGAACUGGCGAACCACGACAAUACCGUCGCCACAAGAGCCACCAGCGUCAGCGUGACCGCCCUCAAUGGUAGUUUAGUUAAUAGAAACGAAUAUAACCAGCAGCUUUCGCUUAAAAAUCCCGACAACCAAAUCAAUGGCAAUUCCUUGAACCCCAGCUCCCGCACAACGGCGCUCAACAUUGUGGCCGACAUUUUAAGAAAACUAAACGCCAUGGAGACGAAGCUAAAGACGUACCGCGAGAAUGGCCAGCCCAUGCCGCAGCGGCAUCGCUCCGCCCAGCAGUCCACACAUCCGGCACUAGCCGGACUGCCUUGCCUCUCGCUGGAUGCCGAGUGAUGGGAGUCACCUCAGACAAAGCCACAUCCUUAAACCCCCAUCCGCAAUCACCAAGGGCGGGAAAACUGUUCAGUUGGCUUUACGUUUACGUUACGUUACUUUAAUGUUACUGUUAGCAAUAAUUUAGCUUCUUUGCUGCCUCUUUAUUUAUUUGAGCUAACUUGACUUUGUAUAAACCAUUUGCGAUAUUAUCAAUUACACAAUAGUUGAUGUUGUCGUUUCGAGCCCAACAUAUAACAUGCCUUAGUACGAUUUAAGAGUAUACCACCUAAGAUAAGUCCCCCAUUUUCGGUUCACUUUGACUUUAAUUGUUAACAGCAACGCUAUUGUUUUUGGCAUACAAUGUGUUUAGCGAGUAAGUUUAAGGAUGAGAUACCCCAGAAAAAUUGAUAAAAGCAAGCGAAGAAGCUCUGUCCAAGUAUUAUACUUAAAGCGGACAAACAAAUACUCGUAGCGUUUAGGAAAAAAGACAAGAUCUGAAUCCGAAAAGAAAACACAAUCGAUCAGCUAGAUAAAACUGUAACUAUCCGAAGAGCUAUUUUCUGUUUAUAUUUACGUGCGAAUAUAAAUUUGUGAAAAUGCAAAAAUAUUGUUAAUGGCAAAAACUACUGUAUAAAGCAUAACAAGAAAAUCCAACGAACAGGCAAAAAUAUAUUAAUAUAUGUAUGAAUAAAGAGAAAAAUAAUUAGUUUAAUAGAAA